CUUACUGUGCGUCCGCCCCAUCCCUCUCAAGACCACAGACCUCACCGCUCCCCCUUGACGACCUCUCAUUGCUCCAAGUAAGACAAGCGUGGCGUCGAAGUCACGUAUAGCUAUUGCUGCCGUACAGCUCGGCUGAGCCGACCAGGUAUUACAGAGUUCAAGCUACAGCUCUAGCCACCAUGCCUCUCCUUCGCCUCGAGGUGGACAAUUUCAAGUCCUACCGAGGACAGCAGAUUAUCGGACCCUUUCAGAGUUUCAGUGCCAUCAUUGGUCCCAAUGGCAGUGGUAAAUCCAAUCUCAUGGACGCCAUUUCCUUCGUGCUCGGUGUCAAAUCAGCACAGCUACGAUCAAGUCAACUCAGAGAUGUCAUCUUCCGAGGAAGGAGGAUGGAUGGAGACGAUGAAGUCUCAAGUGAUGAUGAAGGGGGACGAAGCUCGGCUGAUGCUACGAAGGCUAGCGUGACUGCCGUCUACGAGGAUACCAGCGGAAGGGAGUGGAGAUUCCAGAGGAGCAUCAACCUCAACGGAGCUUCCGAGUACCGGGUGAACGGCCGAGUCACGAGCUACAAUUCCUACAAUGCUACUCUUGAGAAGUUCAGGAUUCUAGUCAAGGCCAAGAACUUCCUCGUCUUUCAGGGUGACGUCGAAGCUGUCGCCUCACAAAAUUCCCGCGACUUGGCAAAGCUCGUAGAUCAAAUCUCUGGCUCAUUGGAGCUCAAGGAAGAAUACGAGCAAGCAAAGGAAAGGAUGGAGAGGAGUCAAGAAGAGAGUGCCAGCGCUUUCCACAAGCGCAGAGGGAUCAAUGGAGAGCUGAAGACCUUCCGAGAGCAGAAGAAUGAGGCAGAAAAGUGGGAGAGGAUGCAGGAGGAGCGGGAUGCCCACAUUCUACAACUUCUCCUGUGGCAACUGUACCAUAUCGCGGAGAAGCUUCAGAGUGCCGAAAGGGGCAUCCAAGAACAGAAUGGAGAGCUGCCAAGUCUUCGUCGCCAGCAAGGCAGGAAGGAGAAGGAUGUUGAGGCGCAACGCAAAGAAGCUGCUUCGGCUUUGCGAGAGGUCUCAAAGGCCGAACGAGACAUCAAGGCCAAGGAGAAGGAGAUCGAAGAAAAGCAGCCGACCUUGGACGCUAUUGACGAGAGGACUGCUCACUCGCAGCGUAGGAUUGCUGCUGCCACCACCAUCAUCACAGAUGUUGAGAGAGAUGUCAGGGAACGAGGUGCAGGAAUGAGCUUGAGUGAGGCAGACCUUGAAGAAUAUCACGACCUGCGGGCAGAAGCAUCGACACGCAAGGCUUCGGAACGCCAACAGCUCGACACCUUGAAGAGGCAGCUUCGAGCCCAACAGACUACGCUUCAAUCUCUCGAAGACAAGGCCAAGCAGCUGGAGCGCGCUCAGGAUAAGCUCGAAGGCGAGACUGAAGUUGCCCAGGAGAAGAAAGCAGCUCUCGAGUCUAGGCGGACGGACCUUGAGAGCAAGCUGCAAGAGGCCCGAGCCCAGCUGAACACUCUGCAAGCGGAACGAACUCGUAUCGGCAAGCGAGAGACCGAGCUCAACGAUACAUUGCAGACUUGCUACACCAAGCUUAUUCAAGCAGGCAAUGAAGCUCGCGAGUCGGAGCGAGAGGCGAAGAUGAAGGAGACCUUUACGGCCCUCGCCAAGAUCUUCCCUGGCGUCAAGGGUCGCCUCGUCGAUCUGUGCAAACCAACACAGCACAAGUAUGACAUUGCCAUCACUACCGUCCUCGGCCGUAACACUGAUGCGAUCAUUGUCGAAAGAGAGAAGACGGCCAUCGAUUGCAUCGAAUAUCUCCGCAACCAGCGCGCCGGACAAGCUACUUUCCUACCUUUGGACACCAUCCAAGCCAAGCCCAUCAAUGAUCGUCUUCGCUCGGUCGCAAAGGGAGCUCGAUUGGCCAUUGACGUCAUUCAAUUCGAUGCCUCCCUGGAGAGGGCAAUGCAGUACGUUUGUGGAAAUGCUCUCGUGUGUGACUCGAUGCAAGUGGCACGAGACAUCAGCUACGAGAAAGCUGUCGACGCCAAGACCGUUACCCUGGACGGCACAAUCAUCCAUCGCUCUGGUCUGAUCACCGGUGGUCAAUCCGAUGACAGAGGUGGAAAGCGUUUCGAGGAGCGGGAAGUACAAGGCCUGCAGCGCCAGAAGCAACAAUGCAUGGACGAGCUCAAGGCUCUCGCAGUUGAGCGUCGGGCUCUGCUGACGGAAGAGUCACUAGUAGCUCGCAUCGGAGAGUGCGAGACUCAACUCACGGCGCUGAAUGACGACAUCUCCGCCGCCACCAGUCGUCUCACUGGGCUCCAGACCGAGUUUGCCAAUGUCAAGAAGCAAAUCAGAGACAAUCGUCCCAAAGUCGAGACGGCUCGAUCUACCGCAGAGUCGACGCAGAGUCAGAUGAAUGCUCUUACCGAGACUGUCAAUGCUGACGACGAUGAGCUCUUCGCAUCCUUCUGCGAGCGCAUCGGCGUAGCUGACAUUCGCGAGUAUGAAGAGCGACAGCUGCAAGUCUUGGAACGUCAGAAGGACGCCCGCUUGGAAUUUGAGACGCAGAUGAAGAGGCUCGAGCAUCAGAUCAAGUUCAUCAGGUCACAGAUUACUGCUCAGGAGGAGCGCUUGUCCCAAAAUCGUCGCGUAGUAGAGAAGGAGAGUGACCGACUGCAGAGAAUCGCAGAAGAGAAGACGGAAGCACAGCAAGCCAUCAACGAAAUCAGGGCGGAUAUUGGCACGCAAGAGGGGCGACUGACUGCUCUCAGGACAACCUCGGAUGAGAAAGCGCAGACCUUGUCAGAUGCCAAGAAGGAAUUGAGCAAGGCUUCCAAGGCCCUUGAUGGAGUGAUGAAGGAAGUCGCCACGCUCAAUGAUCAAAUGGAGCGACUCGCAGCGCAGAGGACUGAAAUCUACAGGAGAUGUCGCUUGGAAGAGAUCGACCUGCCUCUACUAAAGGGAUCUUUGAGCAAAGUCUCGCUCGAAGACAACCCGGAAGCUGCCCCGAUGGACAUUGACGAUGACGUCACUCAAAGGGCAAUCAAUGUGCCAGACUUUGGUCUUGACGUCGACUUCUCUGAAUUGGAAGAUGCCGCGAAAGAAGACGGAGGAGCCGGUAUGGAAGCAGAGCUCAAGGAUCAAAUCGACAAGGUUGUCGGUCAGAUUGAGAAGAUGGCGCCCAACAUGAAGGCCGCCGAUCGCCUGGGUGACACCGAGGCUCGCUUCAAGGAGACUGAAAGGGAAUUUGAGACCUCUCGAAAGGAAUCCGUCGCCGCAAAGACUGCAUUCAACGACAUCAAGAAGAGGCGAUGUGAUCUGUUCAACAAGGCCUUCAACCACAUCUCUGGCCGCAUCGACUCCGUCUACAAGGACCUCACCAAGGGUAAAGCAGCGCCCGCUGGAGGUGUGGCCUAUCUCAGCUUGGAAGACACCGAAGAGCCAUACCUGUCUGGUGUCAAGUACCACGCGAUGCCACCCAUGAAGCGAUUCCGAGACAUGGACCAGCUCAGCGGCGGUGAAAAGACAAUGGCUGCACUGGCUCUCCUCUUCUGCGUGGCGACCUUUGCCCCUCCGCCCUUUUUCGUCCUAGACGAAGUCGAUGCCGCUCUCGACUCGCAAAACGUCGCCAAGGUCGCUGCCUACAUCCGUAGUCGCGCCAGGCCUGAAUUCCAGUUCAUUGUCAUUUCUCUCAAGGCUUCUCUGUACGAGAGGGCAGAGGGAUUGGUGGGCGUCUAUAGGAAGACUGAAGAAGACCAGAACUCUUCGGCUUCUCUGACGCUGGAUCUGGAGAAGUAUCAGUGA